UUUAUUAGGAGCUUAGGUAUUUAUAAUCCGGGAGAAGAGUGUUUAAAUAAACCAAGGAUGGAGGCUGAGGGUCACAAAGGGAGGGAAACACCAGCUUGGAUGUCUGCAUCCUUUGCACUCACACUAUUCAACACUUAGGACACUAACCUUCACAGGGAACAGGUGUGAAGUCUAAUCCAUUUUCUUGCACUCAAGACCAUCAGCAGCAAAUUAGAUCAAGAUGAUUUUUCUCAUGGACCUCCAGAUGAUGCUGCUGGAUGUGAUUUACUUCAUCCUGCGCAGCUCCGUGCGGGUCGUCCUGCGCCCGCGCACCAAGCCCAUUGACGGUGAGCUGGUGCUGAUCACCGGAGCAGGAGGUGGCCUGGGUCGUCUCUUUGCUCAGGAGUUCACCAAGCACGGUGCAGACGUGGUGCUAUGGGACAUCAACAGCAGUUCCAACGAGCAGACAGCCAAGCUGGUGCGUGAGAUGGGGGGCAAGGCGCACACCUACACGGUGGAUGUGACCAACCGGGAGGACGUGUAUCGCAAUGCAGAGCUUGUCAGAAAGGACCUGGGCCGAGAUGUCACAAUGCUGGUGAACAAUGCCGGAGUGGUGGCAGGGGAGCGCAUACUGGACUGUCCUGAUGAACUGAUGGAGAGGACCAUGAAAGUCAACUGUCAUGCCCUCUUCUGGACAGUGAAGGCUUUCCUCCCCCAGAUGAAGGCCCAGAAUCACGGACACAUCGUGACCAUCGCCAGCGUCCUCGGUCUCUUCAGCACGGCUUGUGUCGAGGAUUACUGUGCCAGCAAGUUUGCGGCAGUGGGUUUCCAUGAGUCUCUGGCCCAUGAGCUGCUGGCUGAGGAGGUUGAAGGAGUGAAGACUACUCUCGUGUGCCCCUAUAUUGUGGACACAGGCAUGUUUGACGGCUGCAAGAUACGGGAGGAGAUGGAACUGCUGCUACCCCCUCUCGAGCCCCAAUACUGUGUUGAGCAGGCCAUGAACGCCAUCCUGAUAGACCAACCGCUGGUGUGCAUCCCUCGCCUCACCUACCUGCCUUUCCUCUCCAGAGCGUUGUUGCCAUGGGAAUCCAAUGUGGUUGUGUAUCGUUUCAUUGGAUCUGACAAGUGCAUGUACCCCUUCAUUGAUACCAUGAGGAAACAAGUGUGUAAUACCUCCAUUAAGGUUGCAUAAUCAUACCUAAAUACAUUUAUGACAACUUUGGGAGUUCAGACCUUAAAAUUAAAAUUGAAUAUCAUUUAAAAGGGUCCAUGGUAACUUAAAAAAAAAAUAAAAAUCCUCCUGCUUGUGUGAAUAGCAGUAAGCCAAACUGCUCAGCCACAGCCAGGAUUCAGUCACAACAUGGUGUUAGUCAGAAUUACUGCAAAAUGGAAGGGACUUUAGAUUUUAAAACUGAUCAUUCUGAAACCUGUACUAGAUGACGACUCAGCCAAGUGGUCAUCAGCACACCAAAAAGAUUUCAGUAAUGUUAAGAGGAAGUUUAAAGUCCCUUCAAAAUAUUUCCACUGUAAAUCUGUCAAAUGACAGGACAGUUAUUGAAUCCUGGACUGAUCAAAAUGGGAAUGGUCAUGUCUUUGUCUGAUACUAAAUAAUGUACCUGCAUAUUGUGCUGCAUUAUGUUUACAUAAAAUAAAAUGAUUGAAAACUA